CGACCUUCGAACGUAUCUCACCUUAAUAGGGUGGCUUGCGAUGGCUUCAUAUGUCUACACCGAACUCCAAGCCACAGUAGGUGACUUGAGGCUGGUCUUCUUACAGCCAGGCAGCUACCACGACGUCCUGCGCUGCAACAUUCAUCAUUAUCCACUUCUCGAGCCAAAUACACCAUUCAAGGAUGAAAGGCUACCUGUCAGCGCAUUACAGAAAACUCUCCCGGAUGGCUGGACGGUGGAACAGACUUUGGAUGGGCGAUACCUGUUCAUGAGCCCACGCCAUUCGGGAAUCCCUAAUUCUUGGAAACACCCAGAUGCUGAGUAUGAUCCAAAAGCGUACGAACUGCCAGAGCAUUCUGUUGGCGAUAGCUUCGCGUUGCACGUACCUCCAUACGAGGCCUUGUCCUAUUCCUGGGGAACAGCCGAUAACGAAGAAUACAUCCACAUUACCGACCCAGCCAGUACCCACAACACGCCAGCCUGGUUAAAGAUCCGCAAAAAUCUAGCUGCUGCUCUGGGGCAUCUAAGAUAUCCUGAUCGGCCGCGCACGUUGUGGAUCGACGCCAUCUGUAUCAACCAAGCCGAUAUUGAAGAACGCGGCCGACAAGUCAAACGGAUGAGCCAAAUCUACCCCCUUUCCGAGAAGGUCAUAAUCUGGUUGGGCUCCGAGUCCGAGGACAGCAAACAUGCGCUAGAGGCCUUAGAGUAUUUCAGUAAACAGGUGGAAUACGUAAUUUCUCAUCGAUGGGGCGAUGCCCCAAACGCUCAGGAGCACGACUGGUGGCGAGACGGGUUUGCGCUGCCCUACGACGGAAAGACAUGGAAAUCAAUAUUGUCGCUGCUGCAUCGACCAUGGUUUGAACGUGUCUGGGUUUUGCAGGAAGCUCUCUCGUGCGACCGAGUGGUGCUCCAAUGCGGCCGAGACACCAUCUCUUGGGUCCAUGUACGCAAGGCACUGCUGGUUCUCCGGCAGAAAUCAAGCAUACUGCCACAUGAUAUCAGGGACCGCCUCUUCCCAUAUGCACGAGGCUUGAUGGCACCACCGCUUGCUUCAUGUGAGCACCUUUUCCUCUGGACGCGAAAUCAGCAAUGCUCAGACCCUCGAGACAAGGUUUACGGAAUUCUAGGUCUGCUAGAUCCCAGAAUCGUAGCCAAGAUUGAGGUGGACUAUUCAACCCCUGCGUGGAAGACAUACGCACAGCUCGUCUUGGCUGAGAUGGAAGUCUACCAGAAAUUGAAUAUGAUCAACCACUGCAACAUGACGACGCGCCUCGAGGGAUAUCCAUCGUGGGUGCCAAACUUGGAGCGACCAAUUGAAGGUGCAAACAUGGGGUAUUUGAGCAUUCGAAGAUUUUAUGCUUCCGCACGCUCCAGCGCUGUUGCGAAGCUCAUCGAGCCGGCUUACCAUCUGCAAGUCACCGGGAGACGCAUUUCCACCAUCAGUCGUGUCAGCUACGACUUGACUGGUACAUUUGUACAACUCAUCGAAGUGGUCCGUGAUUGGGCGCCAAAAGAUCCAGAAAGCAACAUGUACGUCUCGGGAGGACUUUCCAUGGAUGCAUAUGUCGAAGAGCUUGUGCGGGGCAGGACCAGCGACAGAGCUCUGGGCGAUAACCCGUGUCCGUCAAUUCGGCGGCUUCGUGAGCUCUUGACGCCGGCAUUAGCCAGCGCCGAACUUGAUGACGAAGUGGCGCGGGCAUUCAAAGACUGCUUUUUCGCGAAUGAAUGCCUCUUUACUACCACGGAAGGGUAUAUGGGUGUCUCCGCAAGAGGCCUGCGCGAAGGUGACGAAGUUGCUGUAAUCCUUGGAUGCGACUUCCCGAUGGUUAUACGGCCUGGAGGUUCCGACCGAUACGAGGUCGUUGGGCCGUGCUUCGUGCAUGGGCUGAUGCUCGGCGAGGCCUUGAAGCCGCCUUUAGAGCCGCCGUGGAAAGAUGCGCUUCCUGUCACCAAAGGCUGGGCAUUGCCGUACUUUGUCAACACCGAGACAGGUGAGCUGUUGAAGGGUGAUCUAAGGCUUGGAUCGUUACCUCCUGGCUGGGAAGAGGUGACGUCGCUCGAUCCUUUUUUGCCGCCCUUCGUGUUCGAGAACAAAGACGAUGGAUGCAUCAGCAUCAAUGAUCCGAGGAUGUCAGCAGACGCUAUUCAGCAAAGAGGCAUCGUACUGGAGACUCUAGAGUUAAUAUGAUGACUGUAGUACAGUGCCAAGCUAAAAGUUUAGUUCCCCUACAACGCGAUCGCGCCUACCUAAAAAAGCUAUUGUGACGCCUAUCUAGCCAGAGACCUCUCAGAGCCUGGUCAGGCUAACUCUAGUUACGUGCCAGCCUAGUAU